AUGAUGGACAACCACUCUAGUGCCACUGAAUUCCACCUUCUAGGCUUCCCUGGGUCCCAAGGACUACCCCACAUUCUUUUUGCUAUAUUCUUUUUCUUCUAUUUAGUGACAUUAAUGGGAAACACGGUCAUCAUUAUGAUUGUCUGAGUGGAUAAACGUCUGCAGUCCCCCAUGUAUUUCUUCCUCAGCUACCUCUCUGCCCUGGAGAUCCUGGUCACAACCAUAAUUGUCCCCAUGAUGCUUUGGGGAUUGCUGCUUCCUGGGAUGCAGACAGUAUCUUUCUCUACAUGUAUUGCUCAACUUUCUGUGGGAACCACAGAGUUUGCAUUACUUGGAGUGAUGUCUGUGGACCAUUAUGUGGCUGUGUGUAACCCUUUGAGGUACAACAUCAUUAUGAACAGCAGUAGCUGUAUUUGGGUGGUAAUAGUGUCAUGGGUGUUUGGAUUUCUUUCUGAAAUCUGGCCGGUCUAUGCUACAUUUCAGUUUACCUUCCACAAAUCAAAUUCGUUAGACCAUUUUUACUGUGACCGAGGGCAAUUGCUCAAACUGUCCUGUGAUAACACUCUUUUCACAGAGUUUAUCCUUUUCUUAAUGGCUGUUUUUAUUCUCAUUGGUUCUUUGAUCCCUACGAUUGCCUCCUACACCUACAUUAUCUCCACCAUCCUCAAGAUCCUGUCAGCCUCUGGCCGGAGGAAAGCCUUCUCCACUUGUGCCUCCCACUUCACCUGUGUUGUGGUCGGCUAUGGCAGCUGCUUGUUUCUCUACGUGAAACCCAAGCAAACACAGGGAGUCGAGUACAAGAUAGUUUCCCUGUUGGUUUCUGUGUUAACCCCCUUCUUGAAUCCUUUCAUCUUUACUCUCCGGAAUGACAAAGUCAAAGAGGCCCUCCGAGAUGGGAUGAGCUGCUGUCAACUCCUCAAAGACUAG